UUGGGAGAUUUUUUUUUUUUGAGGGGGGCGGGGCAAAGUAGAAAAAAAGAGUGACCGUACAGGAAGUAUUGUUCUGAUUGGUCAGUAUUACAUGUAGAUGUCAUGGCUCAAAUAGGACACCAUUGCAUUCACAGCGCAUGUAAUACUUUUGCACACAUAUCCGAUUAAAUUAUCACGCUUCUGUGAUACAGUCGUUCAAAUUGCACAGGGGCUAAAUCCCCGUUACAUCACAUUCAAUGGCUAUGUGGUAAUUUGGUGGUGCAAUGCGCGACGUUUUAGUUUUCAGCCUUGGUUAAUUUCUCUGCUAGCUGCUCUUGUGGUGUUCUAACCACAGGAAACCCCCCAACAGUGCAAUUGAAUCUGAAGACCUCCUAGAACUGAAGAUCUUGCGUUGGAGACCUCCUGUUGAGAAGUUGGGCCUGAUGGCUUUCUUACUGUGUCUGCUGAGGCGACUGAGUGAACGGAAGUUAUGGAUAUGCCUGAGUAUUGUCAUUGGUCUACUUCUUGACAUGGUCUGUCUGGAAGAUAUUGGUCUCACUUGCUCUGAGCUAUUACUUGGACAAUAUCAGUGCAGUGACCCUGAAAUAGAUCAUGCAACUCAGGCAGCAAGUGGAUGUACAGAUGGCAGUGUUAAUGUUGACUGUUAUCCAGCUCCUGGUAUAACAUGUGAUGGUACAACCUAUAAUGGCACAACUCCUGGAUUCCAUAAACAAGUUCCUUGUAGAAAUACGAAGGGCUACUCCUACCGGACAACUCUCCUUCUCUCCAUCUUCUUAGGAAUGUUUGGUGUUGAUAGAAUGUAUCUGGGCUACCCUGCUCUGGGGCUGCUCAAAUUCUGCACCAUGGGUCUUCUGUUUGUCGGCCAUUUUGUAGAUGUCAUACUCAUUGCAACGCAGGUAGUUGGUCCAGCUGAUCGCUCAGAAUAUGAGAUGGAUUUCUACGCCCCAAAGCUGAUCAAGAUGGGAGUGGACAAUGAGACUUACUAUGUUCCACAAGAUAUUCUGACGUGACAUAUUAUACAGUGAUUUGUACAUAGAGACUUUUUAUAUAUUUAUAUCAAGAUUUUAUAACAUCAUGUUUACUCUGAUGAUAUUCUUAUGUAAGUACUCUUUAAAGAUCCAAAGCAAAGUUAAGUUUGGGUCAUUAUCCCACAUAAGAUACAUCCCAGAUAUAAUAUUAUUCACUUAAGAAUAUUCUGACUGCAUUUAGAUUUAAUAGUCACAUGACUUAUAUGAUGGAAUAAUUGAAAAUGAAAAUACUUCAGGGUCCUGUCUCACAAAGAGUUGCAAUUGAUCCACUCAACCACAACUUGGAAAGCCAGCAACAUAAACAUCUGAAAUGCAUGUUUGUUCGAAAUGUAUGAUGCAUAUAUAUGCAUGCAUUCAUCAUUUUCUUGAGAAUUCAGUAUGCCUCUCUUUGUUUACAAAGGAAAUUGUUCAAUUUUCCUUUAGAAAAAGUUAUGACACUGAUGGAUUUCCAUAGAAUUGAGGUUGAUCUGAUCAAUCGCAUCUCUUUGUAAGACGAGGCCCAGAUCUCAUCCCAAUAUUUUUUGUGCAUAAAGGAGAAAUAUUAACAAUUUCUUUACAUGCUCCUUCAUGUAUAUAGUCAAAUGUGAUCUAUUUAAUAUGGAAUCAAACACUUAAUUUUUUGUCUUGCCUGCAUAGCAGUAGCUAUGGCUUUAAAAGUGUAGGGACCUUUUUCAUGAACCUUGGAUAAAAGGGUAAUCAAGUCUCCCUGAUUAUUUGACAUCAGAGUUUCUGGUCUCAUGAUCAAGGUCAAAGAGCAUCCAUGGUCGAUGAAUCUGUGGUCAAUCAUGUUGUGCUAUCAACAUCCAAACUUAAAACAAAAAAUUAUGAAUUGGGAUUUUUAUGAUGGUUUUGAAAUCUACCAAUAGAGAUGAACAUGGAGAGAUUGAAUUGUGCAAAAAGUGUUUCAAUGUGAUUUGGAAAUGUUGAUUAUGAUAAUGCACUUUAAAACUGGUGUAUGAUGUAAAAUUUUGGAUCACGCAAAUAUCAGAAAUCAACACUAAUUUGAGUUACAUGCACUGAACUCAGCAUCAAUUCAAUUGAUUUCAGUUCAAUAUGUGGGACUGCACACAAUUUUUUUUUUUUUUAGUUGAGUUGUUGUUUUUGGGUCAAAAGCUAACAGAUUAAUUGAGCUAUGAGUGGAGUAAUGGAAGUUUGAGGUUAGUACUGCAAUAACAUUCUAAAUCUCGCAAUGGUCUUCAGUAUUUAGUCAAUUUUGUUAUGUAAAAUAGAGCCAUAUAAUAUACAGGUAACUUUGCCUAUGUCAAAUCAUUGGGACUACUGAAAUCUAUUUGAUUUACAAGUGAUAUACACAUAUAUUGCAUAUUCUGGUCUACAAAUAUUGCUUUCACUUUGGUGAAUAUCUGACUUAUGGCAGGUUGACAUGUAUUUUACUUUUUCUCUUGUAAUUAAAAGAAGUCUGUCUGGAACAGCCUUCUGUGUUUUGCUGGAAUGUAAAUAUUUCUAAUGAAAAAUAGA